UUUUUGCUUGGGAAAAUUCUUGUGGUUUGAUUGUUUGGUAUUUAAUUCUUGCUUCAAGAAUUUCAUUCCAACGGCUAAUUUCUGUUUACUCUAAGCCUAAAGCCUGUAACAUGAAUUACGAGGCCGAUGCUGCCAUCAAGACCCAGCAGAUGGUCAGGCUUUUCCGCCAGGAAGCCGAAGAAAAGGCUAACGAGAUCUCCAUCUCCGCCGAAGAAGAAUUCAACAUUGAAAAGUUGCAGCUUGUUGAAGCAGAGAAGAAGAAGAUUAGACAAGAGUAUGAGAAGAAGGAGAAACAGGUCGAUGUCAGAAAGAAGAUUGAUUACUCAAUGCAACUGAACGCGUCGCGGAUCAAGGUUCUACAAGCGCAAGAUGACAUUGUCAAUGCAAUGAAAGAAGAGGCAGCUAAGGAACUCUUGAAAGUUAGCCAACAUGGCUUUUUCAAUCAUCAUCACCAUCAGUAUAAGCAUCUCUUGAAAGAUCUCAUUGUUCAGUGUUUGCUUAGAUUGAAAGAGCCUGCAGUGUUACUGCGUUGUCGUAAAGAAGAUCUUCAUAUGGUUGAGUCUAUGCUGGAUGAUGCUAGUGAAGAAUAUUGCAAGAAAGCAAAGGUUCAUGCUCCUGAAAUCAUUGUCGACAAGGACAUUUUCCUUCCUCCUGCUCCUUCAGAAGAUGACCCUCAUGCGCUUUCCUGUGCAGGAGGUGUGGUGCUGGCUUCUCGUGAUGGGAAAAUCGUGUGUGAAAACACGCUUGAUGCGAGGUUGGAGGUUGCGUUCCGCAAUAAACUUCCCGAGAUCCGAAAGUCACUCUUUGGCAAGGUUGGUGCAGCUUGAUCAAUGACUCCAACUUCAUAACUAAGGAAAGUUUGUGGCUCCAUUUAUCCAUUUCUUUCCAUUGUCACCAUUUUUUUAAAUUAUGUGUAAUAUAUUGAUGGGCAUUGGCCUUUUGUUGUUAAUUGGUAUUAAUAUUUGUUUGGUUUGGUGAUAUAUUGACAAUAAUAAGAGUUUGCUCAU